CCCCGCCCCGCCGCAACCGGCUCUAGGGAUGGAGAGUAUGUGCGCAGCAGGUCCCAUUCCUCCUUUCCCAGGCGGGACAGCCGACACACGCAAACACCGAGCACUCCGCCGCCAUGCCGCAGGGCGGGGCGAAGCGGGGGGCGGGCUGCCGGCUAUAGCGGUUGCAUUCAAAAAUCGCCUGGCGGGCAGAUCGGUUUCCUCUCUUUCCCCUGCUCCGGCCGCUUGAGGGGCAGCCGCCAGCCCCCGGCGGGGCUCGCUGAGCCAGCCCGCAGCUAUGGCAUCUCGGGAGGCUUCCGAAACGUUCUUCAGCCUGAGUGGUGUAAGAGAGCGCAUGUGGGAGAGGAAAAAGGGUGCCUUGAAGACAGCGAAGUUGAACGCCUCUAUUGCAUCAAAAAUCAAAACCAGAAUCAUUAACAACUCCUCCACUAUUAAAGUCUCCUUAAAGCACAACAAUAAAGCACUGGCCCUAGCCCUCAAUGGGAUGAAAGCCAAUGUACAACAGCUCACCCAGGAGAAGACCAUCUUACAGAAGGAAGUAGAGGAGUGUCACUUCCAGAAUGCGGUGCUGCGGCAUAAGCUCUCCUUCAUGGAUAAUGCCAUGAAAGAACUUGAAAACGUUAUGGCUGCAGUUAAAACAGCCCGUCUGUCUGAGUUCCAUACAAGAUCUGCACCCUUGUGGAAUGGCCAGAAGAGCAGCAUAACUGAAGAUAGCUGGGCCAAUGAUAUUGCAGAUGUUCAGCUUGUGAGGGCUACAGGGAUGCCAAUGAGGGUGCCCAUUUCCAAGCCAUGUGAUGGUUGCACUUCCACAGCAGCACAAACAAUCUCACUAGAUUUUCCGAGUCAUGCUUCUAAUGAGCCCCUGGAAGUUGUGCCUAUUGCCUCUAAAGACACUUUGCCACCACAGCCUGCUGAGAAGCCUCAGUCCCCCCUGGAAAAGAAUGAGAAGAUCACUGAAGCGAUGGAAGCAGAGGAAGCUUUUCUUGGCUCUUGCAUCUUUGGAGAGGCCAUUUGCACCACCAAAAAAAAUCCCAACAGUUUGCCAGCACUUCCCUUGGAAAGUAAUUCUUUUUCACAUGAGGGCAAUGAGAUAGCAAAGCAUUUGUUGGAUCGUCUCUCACAAGGAUAUGUUACUCAGAGAAGAAAGUAUCACAGCCUAAUUACAAGCAGCACUCCAUCUUCUGGUGUGGAUGUCUUCUCACCUGCCAGUUCCACUCUGGAAGCUGAAGGCUGUAUCACAAAGGACAGCAGCAGCUCCAGGAAGAGCAACACAGAGCCACAGCUGAAAUCUCCCAGCUCUGUGGUUUCACCUACUCAAACCACUGUUACUCCUGAUAGAAAGUCUUUGGGCAAAGAGAUUUUUUGUGGUCAGUCACAGGAUAAACAAACUGGGCGUGGUGUUGAAAUGGACCCCACAUAUAGCAGAGUCCCUGAGUUUGUUCCUGUGAAGGCUAAAAACAAAGGUAAUUGUAAACCUGGUGAGAAAAAAACUGGUAAGAAAGCAAGUAUGGGAAAAAAGAAAACAAAUGCAAUUAAAAAGAAUGGAGAAAGUAGUCCUGAUAGACCUCAAGGUGAAGGGAGUGCUCAAAAUACUAAGAAGCUUCUUCAGCUAAAAGUUGCAACAUGUCCUAGUGAGUCUGAAGUUUCUGAGAUGAGGCAAAAGGAUUGCAUGGAGGCUUUUGACAAGAACAACACAGGCUGUGGUGCAGAGCAACAUUCCUGCUUUCCUGCUGAAGUCUUCCUUUCCAGAAGAACAUAUGUGGUGAAUCCAGCACGGCUGUGCAGUCCUGAAAGUAGUGACUUACUCCAACAGGCUAAGAAGGACACUACUUUUGAGAUCCAGCAUAUGGAGAGCUUGCCAGGGAGCCCAGUUUGUACCUUCUCAAGUCUUGAAGUUCUCCCAGUUGAUUCUAGUCUACAAAAUUCACUUUUCUCGAGGAAAGAGACCUCAAGUGCUUGUGCUUUGCAAGAGAACUCAAGUGUGAGUACAAAGAGCAUCAGACAGAAAACCAACAGAAAAACUAGAAUUAUUAGGCAAAGUGAUUCUGAGCAAGAGAAUCUGCCAAACACUGUGAAAACAGCAGAGGCGAAAGCUGAAGAACAGCCUAAAAGCCAGACAAGCAGGAGGAAGACUGUCAGGAAAGGCAGUUGCCACAAUCAGAGAAAUGAAGUUGAUGUUUUUGGCCUAUGUAUAGAUGUUCAAGGAGUAAAUGAGAAGAGCAAAAAGGAUUUACAAGGUAUUCUUAAACGUAGCAGGAAAACUUACAUUGUCAGUCCUUUGGAUCUUGCAGAAAACUUGGGUUGUAUCCAGACAGAUUUUGAAGAUGGUGACAUUGUACCUUGCAGGUCUGUUCCUGGGAGCAAACCUAGCAAAAUCCCCAGAGCUCAGAUGAUUGUAGCUGCUCAGAACAAGACAAAAGGCCUUCAAGAAAAGGAGCAGGCUAAAGCUGACCACAACAUGAACAAUUCAGAAAAAGAGUCCUGUCCCAAACCAAAGCUUCAGAGUGAGAACACCACCUCUAGACCUCCAGAGACUGAUUCCCUGGCCAGACGAAGUGAUGGUGCCAAAGUGCUCAUUGGAAGUUCAGAACUUGCAUCUAAGCAAACUGUUUUGACAGGGAAGAUUUCCUGCAUUGCAGAUCUGCCUGAUCCAGAUGCCUAUCUGGAGGAGCAGAUGGCAAAUACGGACUUUUCAUACAGUCUUAAAUCCUCCCAUGUGACCUGUUCUCCAGCUUUGUCUGUCAGCUCCUGGCUUACAGAUGCACCAGUUUCCAAGAGCUUAAGUACUGAGGGCAACAGAAUGCCAGAGAAAUCCUCUGUUUGGCCGGAAAGCUUCCUGAUACCUAAAGAAAAGACUGCAGAGGAAGUACCUGAGGAAAAAAGCCAGGUGAAGACAAAUUCUCAGAACUCACCUUCACAGGAAGCUGCGACAAGACCACUGCAGGACUUGACCAAUGCCAGCGCUUUGUCUCCCUCUAGCUCAGAAGGAGCAACAGGGCGCUCAUCCAAGCGGAAACGGAAACCAGGAUGCUACAAAGAGCCAAAACUGAACAGCAAACUGAGGCAGGGGGACCCAUUUACAAACACAGAGUUCCUCACCAACCUUCCCAGAAAAAACAAAAAGAAAAGAACUGCAAAAGCCAAGGAAAUUACCAUGAAGAUCAAAGAAGAAAAAGAAUAGAAGGAAGUGCCAAGGCAGCCAAGCUAAUAACAAUGGGAGGAGACAUGGAGCCAGAAGUAAAAGUUUUGGUUGGACAGGCAGCCCCGAGUCUCUGAGGUGUGGUGCGUGUCUUUGCUAUUGGAUAGCUUAUUUUUUAUUCUAAUUAAUACUAAUAAUAAAGUAUAAAUAAAGUGUCCU